AUGCCCGGAAACAGUAUUGGAAUCGGCAAAGUCAUCUUUGUCGCGAUAAAACCGAUGGUUAAGAUGGCAGCCAUUGCUGGGGGCGGUGUUUACUUUGCGAAAAAAGGAUUCCUCACGCCUGAAGUCUGUAAAGCAAACGCAUCGAUCCUAAUGAACCUGCUACUGCCACUACUAAUAUUCGCGACUGUCCUCCCCGCGUUUGACCGUGAUAACAUGACAUCAGUCUUAUCUGUCGUGGUUACGGGAGGUCUCUACCAAGUUAUGGGGCUUGUCUUUGGACUCAUCGUCAGGUGGCUCACACCAGUCCCGCCAUCAUGGAGAGGUGGUGUACUCGCUGCUGGAAUCUUCAGCAAUCUUGGGGACCUUGUGAUCGCAUAUCUUUCGACACUUGCGAAAUCUGAGCCUUUCCAUGGCGAGGAAGAUGUUACGAAAGGAAUUGCAUAUUCGUCCAUCUUUAUGGUCGUGCAAACGAUUGCAAUCUUCAAUCUCGGUGGUCUCCAACUAAUAAGAAGCGAUUUCAACAUCUCCCGCGACUCCCUCGCCGAGGCCAACCUCGAGAAGGUCGAAACACCAAUCUCACCCGCACCUCCUUCCUCCGACGCUCCAUUCUCCCUCCGAAAAAGCCUCACCAUACUCGCCCAUGCUUUCCGCCGCACCUCCCCCAGCUCCCCCACUCCAGCGCCAACAAUAUCGGACGAAAAGACGUCCCCCGCACCCCCCACCAUCCCCACCAGGCGCCGCAUCUGGCUCGCACUGCUCCCAUUCCUCACCGCGCCGUCAAUCGCGCUCCUGGUGUCGCUCGUCGCCGCAAACAUCCCCGAGUUCAAGGCACUGUUUGUGAAGACUCCUGGCGUCAACAUGCCAGAGGCGCCGGACCAGAACCCACCGCUGGACUUUAUUAUGGAUCUUGCGACUUUUGCGCAACCGACAGUGCCAGUUUUGGGGCUGAUCCUGCUGGGAGCGAACCUGAGUAGGCUCAGUAUGAAGGGGCUGCCAAAGGGCUUUUGGAAAAGCGCCGUACUCAUGGCGGUACUAAAGCUGAUUGUUGGACCUAUAAUCGGCAUAGCCUGGACCACAGGCCUCACCCGCCAAACUAGCUGGAUCUCCACAGAGGACAAAAUGCUGCAAUUGGUGCUUAUCAUCGGGAGUGCGGUCCCGACUGCAACAGCGCAGGUGUAUCUGACGAAUAUAUUUGCGCCCCUGGGGCCGGAGGGGUGCGUGGAGCUGUCGGCAUUGUCUGCGACUUUGUUGGCGCAGUAUGCAUUGAUGCUGUUAACAUUAACUGCGACGGUGGCCUACUCCCUUGUGUUUGUCUUGUAA